AAAUGACGUCAUCCAGCGCGGACUCUCCAAGGAUUCGGAUUCUACCAGCAGUCAGGAUUCAGCACAACAACUCCGGAACCUCCGCGUUGCUCUCUGUAGCGGAUACGACAGGGUUUGGUGUUACUAUAAGGUCUCUGGUUUGUGCUGAAGGUUUACUGACCCAUUUGUCUUUGUCCUUGGCUUGAAGAAAAAUGGACGGUGGUGUACCAAGUCAUUUCUCAGCCAUGUUUCCAAACUUGGAGGCUAGCCGAAGUGACAAAGCCCAGAAAUCAAACCCAGGAUCAUUAGGACUUCACUGCUUGGACACAGAGCUCCAGAAGAUGCUCAUUGAUGAACGGAUGCGCUGUGAGAAUCACAAAACCAACUAUCAGACGCUGAAAGCUGAGCACACAAGACUGCAGGGUGAGUGUACGCGACUCCAGGGUGAGCUCAAAAGGAUGCUGAGUGAGAAGCAGGUUGGUCAGGAGAAAUUGCAUCUGUUGCUGGCAGACCUGAGAGGAGAAGUGUUGGAUAAAACCCGAGAGCUUGAGGAGCUCAGAUUACAGGUGAUGACGCCUCAGCGGUUGGAGUUAUUAAAAGCCCAGGUGCAGCAGGAGAUGGAAGUUCCUAUCAUGGAGCGCUUUAAUAAGCUAGAGGAAGAAGCUGAGAAAUACAGAUCCGAAUACAAUAAGCUGCGCUACGACUUCACCUUUCUCAAAUCAGAGUUUGAUCACCAGCGAGAGGAACACGAGCGCAUUUUGGAGGAGCAGCGAAUCCGUCACAGUGCAGAUCUGGCUCUUCUGGAGAGGGAGAAGGAGAAGCUGAGUGCACAGCUGCAGAGCAGAGAGUGUGUGAGCGAUGGGAAGCGUGUGGAAGCGCUGUUGAGGGAAAAGGCACAGCUUCAUCAGCGGCUCUGCAGCCUUGAGGCCGAGGUGGCUGAGCUGCGUGCAGAGAGGGACAGCACAGGAACACAGGCAGAAAAUACGCACCGCAUCCAGCUCCGGCAGCUGGCCGAGUCACAGGCUGCACUCAAAACCCUGGAGUCUGAGAAGCAGUCGGUGUUCAUGCAGUUAGACCGCGUGGAGAAGGAGCUGCGCUUGAGCCAAGAGCAGAACACUCUGCUCACUGGCAAACUGCACAAGGCUGAGAGGGAAAUAAAAGCUCUGAACAGUCAGGUCGAAGAAAUUAAACAUGCCCAUAGGCUGGAACUGGCUAAUGUAAAGAUGGAGUUUUUGAAAGCCAGCAGCGAAGUGGAAAUGGAGCGAGACAAACUGCAAACUCAAGUAGAGAGUCUGCAGUCAGAUCUUGAAGUUUUGACUGCAGCAGAUGAGAGGAAUAAGAAGCUGCUGUUAGAAAAAGAGCAGGAAAUGAUGCUAAGAAUACAGGGAGCUAGAGAAGAAGAGAUGCAAAAAAUUGUUGUGCUUCAGGAAGAGAAAUUAGAAUUGGAGAAUCGUCUGUCGGAGCUGGAGCAGCUGAGGGCUUUACAGGAAACGACAGGGAACUCCAAAAAUGAGGAAUAUGAGGAUCGUCUUCGUGCUGCUUGGCUUGGGGAGGAGUCUGUGCGCAAAGAGCUGCAGAAUAUCAAAGCUAAAAUGCAGCAGCAGGCACAGCAGCUAGAGGAGCUGGAGAGACAAAAGUCAGAGAACACGGAGUUGAGAAGAGUACGUCCUAAACCUGUCCAUGACUGGAGACAAUAUCAGACACACAACACAGAGCUAAAUGUGCAAAUCAGCACUCUGUCAUAUUCAGAGCGUGAACUGAUGGACACCAACGGAAGGCUGAGGGAGAGUCUGGAACGAGUGAGAGAAGAGUUACGAAGUGCUCGCACUCAAAUGGAGAAAACACAACAGGAAGCUGAGAGGCUGGAAGAGGAGAGACGUGUGGAAUGGUUGGAGGAGAAACAGAAAUUCCAGGAAAGAGAAGCAGAACUGCAGGAGAAAUACAGCCAAGCAAAACAGCGCAUGCAAAAAGCUGCACUUGCGCAAAAAAAGAGAAAGACCCUAACUGAGGCAAAGGAGAAGAAACUGCAGGAUAAAUUACAGCUGCUUGAAGCCAAGAUAGAAGAACUGGAAAUUGAGUGUUCAUUGUCCAAGAAAAAUCCCUCAUUUGCUGAGGAGCAUGCUCAACUUAUCAGACGUCUAACAGAGCUGCAGAGGAGACACAAGGAGUUUCGCCAGCUGCUUUUGGGAGACCACAUGCCCUCGAUGUCUCAUCCCCACUCAGUGCUCAAUGCAGGACCUGAGUGCAGCUUUAUAACCCAGCAGGAGGAGCAAUAUUUACGGCAGUUAUCAGGGUUGCAGAGGAGACUGGAGGAGCUGGAGAACAGUCAGCAGCAACAACUGCAGGAACUGACUCCUCCUCUGAAUCGGGACAGAGAAAAAGAAAGACUUUUAUCACCUCAGGACAGCCUGACUAACCUCUGACCCCAUGCUCUUUUAGGACUAGAGGUGAUCAUAUUGUGGCAAAUUUUUUAUUGUUUUUUUUUUUUUUAAUAUUUUACAUUUUUUUAAUAAAUGGUUUUCAAAAUAUAGCUCAAGUUUUCCAUAUUCCUGAUCCUGGUCCAAACAAUACCUUACUUUUUAAACUCAACGGAUGUACUCAUCCAGAUCUUCAUGCAAGAUGAUGGACUAGUUUUGAGUAAAUUAAAAGGUUUUAUUCAGGCUUUUUUUGCAGUUAGCUGAAACAAGCUCAAAAAUAUUUUACCUACAUUAAAUCUACACCCAUGAUUGAUCUUAACAUAGUUGUAAAUAAAAUUUAAUAAAAAAUUUUAACUUC